ACGCUCCGAAUCUUUCCGAACUUUUCCGAUCGCUUGAGAUUCGGCUACUUUUCCGAAUCGUACCGAAUCGCGAUUUGGAUAAAGAUUCGUCCCAUCACUAGUUAUAGCCGACCAGGUAGCUGCGCUGCGCCAUAACCAUACGACCCUCAAACUUUCUCCUCUGCGUGCGAUCAUGAACCUCUUGGCGCUCUCUCAUUCCCUGAGACCUCUCCUGACCCGCAGCCUAUGUUACGAGUGCCGCAGAAGGCUGCCCAGUCUCAUGGAAGCAUCCAGUUCGUUGCAGACAACCCGUGUAUUUCACUUGGCCGCGCCUCGCGAGUUCCCAAUCCGGCCCCUAGCCAGCAUCAAAAACACGCGGUUGGAGAGGCUAAAGUACGCUUGGAACUGGUACACGUCGCAGCAAGUGGAAACCAGGAAGGCGGCAGUGUAUAUCUACGAGAGCUGCGUCGACAGAGUUGACUUCGCCACCUUCUUUACGUAUCUCAAGCUACCGGAUACAUUUCUAUCCUGGUUCUUCGUCACGGAGCUGCAUCUCUGGAUGUGCAUGACGCGGGCCAUGGCAGAGCCGGACGAGCGCAGGGCAACCUACCUUCAGAGCGAACUUGUGAGAAGUCUUUGGAGCGACACCGAAGCCCGUCUCAAGAAACUCGGCAGCAUGAGUUCCAGCAUCAAGAGGGAGGCACUGCAAGACCUCUGCGACCACUUCAACGCUGCACUUCUCUUGUACGACGAGGGUGCCCAGGGGGACGACAAGGCCCUGGCGGGGGCACUGUGGCGCGUCAUGCUCAUGUGCGAGGGCAACGACCCCUCGGCCCUGGAGACCCUCGUCUGCUACGUCCGGCGACAGAUGCACAGGCUGGACGGCAUGACGAUCGACGAGUUCACGAAGGAGGACAACCUGUCGUGGACGCCGCUUCUCGAAUGCCGCCCGGACAACCUGCAGUGAUUUUUGCAGAUAUCGGCCUAUGCACGAAUAGAUUAACUAGAGACCGAUCUAUGUUAAAGGGACAAUGAAGGCAAUUUCGCGCAUCUUU